CAGUGUAGAAAGGUGACAUUGCCUGUCAAUUUCAAUGUCAGUUUUGCAAACCACUUCUCGGUGAAACUACACAAAGUUGUAUAGUUUCGGACGGGAAGUCCCAUCGAUUUUUGGGAAAAUUUUCCUCUCUGAAUCAUCGAUAACGAGAUACAUGCAAAACUGCUCUCGUUUCAGCUAUCGUCUGUUGUCAACCAUGUACAAGAACUCCGGAACGAGUCUAGCCACUCUUAGUGCAACUGAAAUCAAAGAGUGGAUCAACUCUUUCGAUACGGUUUUGACUGAUUGUGAUGGCGUUAUAUGGGUUGACAAUGACACGCUGCCGCAUGCCACUGAAGUUAUCAACAAGUUCAUCGAAAAUGGAAAGAAGAUGUUCUUCGUGACAAACAAUUCGACCAAAACCCGUCCCGAAUUUGUAACAAAAGCAGUCAAGAUGGGAUUUAAUGUUGAUGUCGAUAAUAUAAUCUCCACUGCUUACCUAGCGGCGCAAUAUCUGAAAAAUAUUGGAUUCACCAAAAAAGUCUACGUAGUCGGUUCUACUGGAAUCACUCGGGAGCUGGAUGCCGUCGGUAUCCCCCAUACCGGCGUUGGCCCGGAUGUCCUUGAAGGAACUCUUGCCGACGCUGUGAAGAAUUUUACCCCGGAUCCAGAAGUAGGAGCCGUAAUUGUAGGAUUCGAUGAGCAUUUCAAUUUCAUCAAAAUGAUGAAAGCGGCAUCCUAUCUGGAUAAGCCCGGUGUAAUCUUUAUUGGGACCAACACGGACGAGCGGUUCCCCAUGCCCGACUGCGUCAUUCCCGGAACGGGAAGCAUUGUUAACGCGGUGACGACCUGUGCCGAGCGGCAGCCAACGGUGAUGGGAAAGCCAAAUAAACACAUUUGUGACAUUCUGGAGAAAGAGUACAAGGUGGACCCGAGCCGGACACUCAUGAUCGGGGAUCGACUGAACACGGAUAUCAUGCUAGGAAAGAAUUGCGGAUUUCAGACAUUGCUGGUUGAGACUGGAAUCCAUAAGGCCGCCGAUUUCGCGAAAUCGGACGAUGCCACAGCUGUAGAAUGCGUGCCGGAUGUGUACACUAGUAAAUUAGGAGAUUUGCUGCCUUAUUUAUGAGAGCAUUAAAAAGAGAUUGUUUUAUCAUCUGAAUGCUUAUGACAUAGUCGUACUAUUGGCAUUUUGUAAUCUAUUAUCAGUCCGAUUAAUAGUGAUAGGUUAUUAGUAAUAAAUAACCCAGUUGUUUAAAAACAAA